AUGGCUAACGAAAAAGGAUGUUAUCAGGUAAAAACAAUUAUCAAUCAAUGUUUACUGUAUUCGUGAAGAUGAUUAUUGCAAUCAUAAACCUUUGAUGUACUUAAUUAUUGGUACAGAAAAAGACAGGUAAUAAUUGGCAAUUUUCUUCUCUUGGUCCUAACGGUCUUACGAUAAAUGUUGAAGCAUUGUGUGCAUCCGAUCGUAAUCCGAAACUUCGUGAUAGUGAAUACGACUAGCAGGUAAAACCGUAUAGGGUGACAAAAUGGUUAUCUGAUAGUGCAAUAAUAGAGCUUGGUGAUAGUGAUCAUGAUAAAUUAGAAGUGCUUCAUACACCUGGGCACACACCGGAUUCACUAUCUCUGUGGUACAAUGCAGCAAAACGUUUAAAAUGGAGCAGUAUCAAGGAUCAGAUGUAUUCAGUAAAUCGAACUGUUUCCAUGGUGAACAAAUUUAACACUGAUCGAUGUCGGCUACGAUACAGUUCAGCAAUUGGUGACAGCGAUAGUUCAUUCUCAUCGAAUAUACGACAUUUUCAACGUUUCCUGAUUUCGAUUUUAUCUGAUACAUGUCAUAUAACUGCGAUCAUUGAUGGGAAAUUUUUUCAAAAUACAAUUUGUUACUGUAGCAGAGGAAACGAAAUGAUAGUGAUUUUAUCGAAACGAAUUAUGGAAGAGAUCAACGACGCUCGAAAGAAGAAGUUACCAGACUGA